GGGAGAGGAGCGGGUGGCAGGGGGAUGCAGAGGGCCCCAGGCACCCUCCCCAGAGGCAAAGGUCUCUGGCAGUGUCAGGGUGUGAGUGCAGAGCAGCCCGCCCGGCAGCAUCCCCAGUGACGCAGCCACAGGCUCGCUGGCAGGAUGGCAUGGCACUUGCUGGUGCUGCUCCCCUUCUUCCUGGUGGCAGUUUCAGGCAACACAGCCCCCUUCUUCAACACGACCAUCGUCUAUGUGCCCGAGGACCUGGAGUUGGGCCAGCAUGCUUUCCAGCUGAAGGCUACUGACAUAGACGGGGACCCGCUCACCUACAGCAUCAGUGGGCCGGAGGCCUUCUACUUCUCUGUCAAUGCCCAGACAGGCAACGUGACGCUGAGGAACUCCCUGGACCGCGAGCUCCAGGCCAGGCUCACCAUCACUGUCGGGGUGUACGACGGGAUGAAUGAUGCAGUCUCCAGAAAACUCACGAUCAUCGUGCAGGACCGUAACGACAACGCCCCGGUCUUCCAGAACCUGACGUAUAAAACCUCCAUCCCUGAGACCACAAAACCCGGCAGUGUCAUCUACACCGUGUUUGCCAACGACAGUGACACCGGGAACGCCUCUAAAGUCACUUACAGCAUCGAGGAGGUGAUCCCAGACAACACAAAUAACCGCUGGCUCUUCUACAUCCUGGCCAAUGGGAACGUGGUGCUCAAUGGCUCACUGGACUACGCCAAGAACACCUUCUACCAGAUCAAGAUCAUCGCCAAGGACAGCGGGGGGAUGCUGCACAACGUGUUGACCUUCCAGCAGAGCUCGACUUACCUGUCCCUGAGCAUCCAGGACCAGCCCAACCUGGACCCACGGUUCCUCAACGAGCCUUAUUCUGGCUCCGUGCCUGAGAACUGCGCCCUGGGCACCACUGUGCUGACCGUCACUGCCAUGGACAGAGACACAGGGGUGAAGGACAAAAUCUUCUACAACAUCACCAAUGCCAGCGUCCCCUUUGCUAUCAGUGCCACAACGGGCACCAUCACUGUGAGUGGGCUCCUGGACCGUGAGCAGCUGCCAAGCGAGGAGAUGCUGCUGGAAGUCAUGGCAUGUGAGGAGAAGCUGGACAUCAACAACAAGGUGGCCCAGACCAGCACUCUGGUGACAGUUUUGGUGACCGAUGUCAAUGACAACAAGCCCCAGUUCUACCACUGCUCCCUCCCCAGCUGCAACUUCUCCACCAGUGCCCAGAGCAACUUCAGGGGAAGCAUCAUAGAGCACUCCUCCUCCAGACUGCCCGUGUCCAACCUCAGCAUUGUCGCCCACGACCCGGACAAGAGCAUCAACAGCAAUUAUGAGCUGUACCUUCAGGGUCUGAAUGCCAGUGCCUUCACUGUCUCCCCCUCAAAGAUCGUGGGCACAGGGGAAGUCCAGCUCCUGGUGCAAAACCCAUCCUCUGUGGACUACGAGAUAAGCCAUGUCAUGGUGGUGCAGAUCAUUGCUAAUGACACGGGCCACCCCGCAGACUGCUGCUCUACGGCCACUGUGACCAUUGACCUCAUUGACAGUAACGACCACAUCCCUGAGUUCCCCCAGAGCACCUACAACCUGAGCGUGAUGGAGAACAGCUCUCCUGGCACCAUCAUCUCCCCAAACAUCACGGCCUAUGAUCCGGACAGCGGUGCCCUGGGCCAGAUCACCUACCACCUGCUCCCGGAGAGCAUCCGUAAAAUCUUCACGGUGAACGCCACAACUGGGGCAGUGCUGGUGCAGAACGGGAGCUUGCUGGACCGAGAGACUCGCUCCAUCUACUACGCCAACCUCCAGGCCAAGGAUGGGGGCAACUUGGUUGGCACCACAGUGCUGGAGAUCACCGUGCUGGAUGACAAUGACAUGGCGCCCAUCAUCACCGGCUCUUACUUCAUCUCGGUGGAAGAAGGGCAGAACAUCACUAUACAGAUCCAGGCCAUCGACAAUGAUGAGCCUGGCAACAACAACAGCAAACUGGGCUUCAAGAUCUUGUCAGGACCGUUCAGCGACAACUUCACCAUCAACGCGGCCACAGGUGAGAUGCACAGCAAGGAGCUGCUGGACCGUGAGGCCUUGGAAGAUGAGCAGGGGCAGAUAGUGGUGACAGUGGAGGUGUACGACCACGGCGUGCCACAGCUCAGCACCUUGGUGAACGUCACCAUCACUGUGGGGGACAUGAACGACAAUGCACCCAUGUUCCUCAACCAGUCCUAUGAGUUCGCAGUCUUUGAAGACUCUCCAGGUAGAAGUUGUGUGGCCAGGCUCAUGGGACCAGAGGCGUCCUGGAGUCAGAGCCUGCUGGCCACUGAGUGUCUGUCUCCACCUGCAGGGUCCCUCGUGGGUGAGGUGAAGGCCACAGAUGCUGACCAGACACAGAUCAAUUCCCGCAUUUCCUUCCUACUUCAGAGGGGCAGUGGCUCCAGCAACUUCUUGAUCCGCUCGUCCUACCUGGGGCCAGGGUACUAUGGUGGGCAGCUGUCCAUGGACCCUGACAUGUCCUUGGACUAUGACACCCUGCAGCAGAAGUUCUUCUCCUUGGUGGUGCUGGCAGAGAACACGGCUGCAGACAACGUGGGGGACACUUCCAAUGUCUCGGUCGUGGUCCACAUCCUAGACAUCAAUGACGAGUCCCCCACCGUCCUGCCAAAUUCACUGCAGGACGUGCGUGUGAGCGAGAAUGGCACGCAGCAGGGUCUGGUCCACAUGCUGUCCGCUUCCGACCCAGACAGCAACCACUUGCUGGUCUUUGAGGAGCUGGCAGUUGCCUGCUUCAAGGGGACAAGCAGUGCUGGGGAGGUGUGCUGGGACUGGUUCGUGCUGGUACCCAACGGCUCGGUGCUGGUGAACAGCUCGGACAUUGACUACGAGCUGUGUGACAGGGUGGUGCUCACGCUGCGGGCUGAAGACCUGUACACCGAGAGGGGCAACCGCUACAGCCAGAACGAAACCCUGGGGAUCCUCAUCAAAGAUGUGAAUGACAACGUGCCAGUCUUCUUGCCCAUCUUGGAGACCUUUGUGGUUGUCCCCGAAAUCUCUCCUGUAGACCUGCAAGUGGCUACGGUGAAGGUGAGGAGCAGUCUGGGGAGCCAAGACCUCCCGUCCCCGCCAUGGGCAGGCAGUGGCUGUUCCCAUCCAUGCUCCUGCCACGCUUUGUCCCUGCAGGCCACAGAUGCUGACUCGGGACUGAAGGGAACCAUCACUUUCUCCAUCGUCAGUGUGGUGCUCAUGCAGGACAGCGGGGUCAGCCAGCCCUUUGAGAACCUCUUCAAGGUGGUGACAACACCCGAGCAGGACAGCUACGUCGGGAGCAUCCAGGUGGCCAGCAACCUCGAUGACUCACUGAAGGGGCAGUACCAGGUGACAGUGGAGGCUCAGGAUGGUGAGGAACCAACGCACACAGCACAGACCGUGCUGAAUAUCUUUGCAGUAGACCAGAGCUACCGUGUCCGCCUUCAGUUUGUGACAACAGUGGAUGAAGUACAGAGUAACUCUGAAAAUAUCAAAGUGGCCCUGAUCACCGCGACCAAGGCAGGGGUCUACGUGGUGGCCAUCCGGAGAAUGGAGGACACCCGGGCCUCCCGGGUGGAAGCCAAGUCGGUGAUGGAGGCGUACUUCGUCUACAGCAACGGCACUGCCCUGGAUGUCAACCAGCUCAGCAUACUCAUACAGUCCGACCCGCUGGUCCUGGCUGAGCUGGUGAACCUGGGCCUGGCCGUCAUCGGCCCCGGGGAGGUGGCGAAGCCCACCAGGGAGACGGAGCUGAUCGGCAUCAUCGCAGGGCUGGCAGCGUUCCUGCUCAUCUUCAUCCUCAUCAUGACCCUGGUCUUGGUUCUCACCACCCGGAGCUACAAGAGGAAGCUGAGUGCAAUGAAGGCUCUGAAGGUGGCCACAACAUUCAGCCCUGCCAUGGUGCAGCAGGGAGCUGGCAUCCCCGGGACUAACCAGUACAAUGCAGAGGGGGCCAACCCCAUGCUGAACCUCUCGCUCAAUCCCUCCCACGACCUGGGCUUCCAUGAGGACUCCAUCUCUGUGGCCAGCAUGAAUUCCCUGGAUGAGAACACAGUAAAUGCACCUGGGGACAACCUCAAGGCCAAGCAGGGCAACGGGCAGCUGGAAGACCCCACCAACGAGGAGGUGCUGGUGGCCGCCCUCAACAUGAAGGAGCCCACCAAAAUAGCGUAUAUCAACACCACCUUCACCACCACAGACUUGUGAGUGGGUGCGUGGGGUGCAGCAGGGCCAGAGCGGGACU